AUGAAUCAGCUGCUGUUCAUCUCACUCUGUCUCAAUCUCUGUUGUUCUGCAUUGGGUGCAGCAGUUACUCCUCUCUGUAGCUCUGUGUACAGGGGCUUUGCAGAGUGUCUAGUUACUUUGGGAGACAGUGUGAGCAGCCAGACUGACAACAUUCAGGACAUCAACUCCAUCUGCAAAUCUUGGGAUGCCUUCCAGGUGUGUGUGAGUGGUGUGCUGUCAGGUUGCCGUGGUGAUGCGGCAGAGGUAUGGGAGUCCUUAAGAGCGGAGUCUCGCCGAACACAGUUUUCUGGGAACCUUUACGAAAUGUGUGCCAGCCGCACUCAAGGUACCACCCUGAAACCUUCCCAGACUCUACCCAGUACUGACCAGACCAAUCAGGAGUCUUUAAAAGGACUUGCUGCAAGCAGAGACCACACCCACUCUGUGCAGUUGCUUCUGACAUGCAUGUUUCUCAUUUUGGUCCGAUAG